GUAGUGUAGUGGCCCCUCGUAAAAGCCCCUAUACAUUUUGCUUUGCUUUGCCUUUGCCCGGGUCCAGGUCAGGUCAGCUUAGGUCACGGUAAAGUUGUGUUGUGUUGGAUUGCGUUGGAUUGCAUAGCCAGACCGACUCCCUGAUCGCUCAGCACUUGUCUGUAUCUGGAUAGCACUCGCCGUUAUCAGCAGUCGUUGGAAAGUUUAGAGACGUCUCCCCAGAACGUGCAGACGAGACGGCAGCACAACAAACAAACACACACGCACACACACAAUGUCUGCAGCCACGGCCACCAAACCGCCCGCCACGGGCACCACGCCUCGCCGCGAGGCCACCUCCAGAGCCUCUGCCCCGUCGCCGGCAGCUGCAAGCCGCACACCUGCCCGCUCCUCGACGCCGACGGCCACAGCGAGUGCGACGACAAGCAGCCCCGGCGGCGUGGCCAGGACACGCUCCGUCAGGACAGGCGGCAGCGGCACCCCCGUCUCGGCCCGAGCAGCGGUGAAGAAGCCCGCGGCACCUUCAGCCCUCAGCAGGAACACAUCCCAAGCCGAAGCCGACGCGGACAGCCAGGACGAGCAGGCUGCCUACAUGCAGGCCCUCCAGGAGCGGCUGCAGAAGGCCGAAACCGCCGCCGAGGAGCGCCAGAAGCAGCUCGAAGUGUUCAGCGCGCGCCUGGACGAGGCGCACCAGGAGCAGGCCCGUCUUGAGGAACGUGCACAUGAGGAGGAGGAGAAGGUCGAGGCGCUGGAGAACCAGAAGCGGGAGCUUAUGCGGCAGCAGCGCGAGUUUGAGGGCAUUUAUGAGGCGGAGCGUGCGCAGAGUAUGCGUGAGAAGGAGGAGACGCAGACACGGGAGGAUGGGCUGCAGGACACGAUUCAGCGUCUUAAGGAGACGAUGGCGACGAAGAAUAUGCCUGCUGGUGAGGGCGAGGAGGAAUACGUGUCGCGUGCUUCCAGCUUCCGCAACACGCCCUCGCGCAACAACUCGUCCCAGCACCUCGACAACGCCGCCUCGUUCGCCCCGCCGUCGUCGAUCCAGCGCAGCAACUCGCGCAACAACUCCAAGCUCAUCAACCAAAAGGACAAGAUCAUCGAGGACCUGCGCCUCGAGCUCGCAGAGUACCAGGUCAAGCUGCUCGAGGUGGAGAACGCGGGCGGGGGCCGUCUGCGCGAGCUGGAGAAGCAGCUGCUCGAGACGCGCAUGACCAACGCCCGCCUGAUGGAGGACAACGAGAGCUUCCAGCUGCUGCUGGGCGAGAAGACGCUGAACGGCGACCUGAGCCGCGGCGACUUCCUGCGCGACUCAUCGCAUGCCGAGGACGGUGCCCCAGCAGGUGCCGGCCCCUCGACCAGCCUGGCCGACGAACUGCAGUCGGUCGAGGAGGCUGACGUCGAGGCCGUGCGCCGCCUCGAGGCUGAGGUCAACAGCAUGAAGGACCAGAACAAGGCGCUGACGCUCUACAUCAACAAGAUCAUCGGCCGCCUGCUGACCCACCAGGGCUUCGAGUCGGUCCUCGGCAACGACAACGACGCCGACCGCGCCCCAGACACAAACAAGGAGCUGCCCGCCCCGCCAAAGGAGAAUGAUCAACCUCAGGGCUUCCUCCAGCGCGCCAAAUCCGUCAUGGGCACCAGCAGCGCUGCCCGCAAACCCCGCCCAACCAGCAUCAUGGGCCCGCCCGCCGUACCCGUCUCCGCCCAACAACAACAGCAACAAAGCGCAAACGAAGACCCAACCAAAGCCCCCAGUAUCCCCCUCGGCCGCCCCCUCUCCACCCGCGUCCCAAGCGGCUCCUACACGCACCGCCGCUCCACCUCGGAAGCCACAACAAACAUGUUCCGCUCCCCCUCGGGCCCCGCCUCACCGGGCCUCACCUCCCCGCGAAACUCCUUCUUCGGCCUCCCCGUCAACGGAAACUCCGAAACUACAACACGCAGCAGCAUCGCGCCCGCCAGCCUGCCCGGCUCCCGCGCCGUCUCUGGCACAGUCACGAGCGUCGUCGCCGCGUUACGCGCUGAUGAUACUGAUGCAGAGGCCGCGGGCGUCGAUACACCGAGUCCCCCCCGCCGUCUUGAACGCAGCGAGACGUCUAGCACGGGGCCCAUGACGGGGAAGGGUAUGAGGCCUCUGCGCCUUGUGCAGAAUGAGGAGGAGGCGGUUAAGGCGAGGAAGGCGGCGAAUAGGGGGAGUUGGUUUGGGGGGUUGUUUGGCCAGGGACAGGGUCAGCAAAGUCAGCAAAACCAGCAGCAGGGGAGUCCGCUUAGUCCUGUGUUGGAUGGGUGAGUUUUUGAG